AAGCGUGCACAAGGUUACCCAGAUUGGAGAAGAAUUAUUUCGAAACGAUGGAGGCAGCUACAUAUCAGGCACCAAAUCGGGAUAUAUAACCCGAGGUAACGUACAUGCGUGCGUUUGAAAGUUGUACCGUAUGCAGAAUGAAGAACCUGUCAUUCUUUUAAACAAGAAGAAAAUGAUAAAAUGAUAAACAAUGAGACUAGAGACUAGGCUCCUGCUGACCCAAUUCACCCCGGUUAACAUGAAGGUCAUCUCUACAAGAAAGUCUAUGUGCUGCACCACUAUUUUCACUUUUUCUCUCAACAAUAGAAUUGCCCCUCCUUCCUUAGACGGCCGCCCCUCCCAAUUGCUGAACCGCAAUAGAUGCCGUCCUUUUUACAUUCUUCUUUGGAGAGUGACUUGUGUUAUGAUAACCACCCAGUCACUUGAAGUGAAGGUAUAUAAAGGCAACUUCGUCCGAGUUUUAGUCGAAGAUCAGUCGGAUCUUUUAAUAAGACAACAUGGUGGCUCUGGCAAAGAUGGAGAAAAUUCUUCUAGUUUUGGUCGUUUGCACAACUUCCAUAUUUGGACAGAAUGAUAUGUAUUCGACGGAAGCCAAACACCGUUCAAUUGGCAAUCGCCCACCACCUUUCGCCUAUUAUUCUCCACAUCCGCCUACUUACGGUGUCCCUCCUCCUCAGCGCGUUCCUCCCUACCAAACUACGUAUCCCGUAUCACGGCCAACUUAUGUGGCCCCUCCUUCGUAUCCUGUUAGACCCUCACAUUCUCCUCCUGCUUACCAAAAUGCUCACCAAACGGCUCAGCGUGUUCCAGCGUAUCAAAUUCCGUAUCCAGCUGCAGCUUCUUCAAGACCAAUGACGAAUUAUGCAGCUCCAGCGCCGCAAAAGCCAAUUUAUUCGACUCCGGCAACUCCUAGACCACCAGUUUAUUCGCCUCCUGCUAAUCCCCCGCAUCAUUCAACCUUCAAUUAUAUGGGUCAUCAAGCCCACCGUGUUCCAGCGCCACCAACCACGACACCAACCCCAGCCAAAGUUCCGUUCACGUAUCCAUCGACCACACCUAAACCCUACGCCAACAGCGCUCCAUCAGCUCCAGUGACCGGACCAAGUUUGUUGGAUCUUCCUUGGGUGAAACCGUUGUAUGCCCGAUCUCCUCCUCCCCCUGCAACUGAAAAAUAUUCCUGGAACGUUCAACAAGUCAGGCCAGCCGUUGCCGUUGUUCGAGACGAUUCCGAAGAAGAUGUUGGUGUUUUCAUUUCUAGCGUGAAUACCCCAGUUUCAGUCCCAGCUGCAACACCAGUUCGGUCACAAGACUUUGAAGUUCGAGGGAUCCCUCAGGAAACUAGAGCACCCGUUUCUAUACCAGCGCCAACCCAAAUACCUGUUAUUAUUCGAGAUGACUCGGACUCGGACAUCCAGAUAGUCCAGGAAGUAACCAGACGAACACCUUUACCGUCGAGUCCCCUUAUAAUUCGAGAUGAGUCACAAGUUGCAAGAUUUGCACCUAUGCCAACUCAGGCGCCGUUUGUUCCAGCAGUAAUUCGAGCAGAUGACUCGAGACAACAGAUGCAGAAUCCUGCGGCACAAAGACCUCCUUCAGUACCUUUACCAACAACAACACAAGUGCAAAACGCCCGUGUUAUAGUCCGAGAUGACUCUGUUGAAGACAUUCAGAUCGCUCGACAACAACAAGUUAUACCUUCUACACCUGGAGCACCUCAACCUUCCAUUAAUCCAAUUGUAAUCCGAGAUGACUCUGUUGAAGACAUUCGGAUUGCUCAACAACAACGAGUUAUACCUUCUGCACCAAGAGCAACCCAACCUUCGGUUAAUCCAAUUAUAAUCCGAGAUGAUUCGAAUGAAGAUAUCCAAAUAGUCCAACAAGUAUUCACUUCUACACCUUCACCUAGGACAACAGCAACACCGGCGAAUUCAUUUAUAAUCCGAGAUGACUCAAUUGAGGACAUUCAGAUCGUUCAACGAGUUAUCCCAUCUCCACCAAGAGCACCUCAACCUUCGGUUAAUCCGAUUAUAAUCCGAGAUGACUCUGUUGAAAACAUUCAGAUCGCUCGACAACAACAAGUUAUACCUUCUGCACCUAGAGCACCUCAACCUUCAAUUAAUCCAAUUAUAAUCAGAGAUGACUCAAUUGAGGACAUUCGGAUCGCCCAACAAGUUAUACCUUCUCCACCUAGAGCAACUCAACCUUCGAUAAAUCCAGUUAUAAUCCGAGAUGAUUCGAAUGAAGAUAUUCAAAUAGUCCAACAAGUCUUCACUUCUACACCUUCACCUAGGACAACAGCGACACCGGCGAAUUUAUUUAUAAUUCGAGAUGACUCAGUUGAAGAUGUUCAACUAAUCCAACAAGUCCCCACUUUUACACCUUCACCUUUGACAGCAGCGGCGCCAGUGAAUCCAAUUGUUAUCCGAGAUGAUUCCGUUGAAGACAGACAGGUGAUCCAGCUAGGCCAACAAUUUCAAACCACCGCACCAUUAGGAGGAACACGGGUGAAUCCAGUUAUCGUCCAGGAUGAUUCAAUUGAAGAUUUCCAGAUAGUCCAAAGAAUUCAACAAGUUGCAACUACUACGCCCUCGCCUUUGGCAACGCAGACGCCAAGAAUUCCAGUCGUGAUUCGAGAUGACUCGAUUGAAGUUGACGACGACAGGAUCGUUCGCCUUAACUUGCCUGCACCAAACAACAAUGCAAUAGCUUCACCUGGACCAUCAGAGAUUCCAUUUGUAAGGCUGGACAACUCAGAUGAACUUUUAUUCCGCGACGUUCCCAUAGGCGUUCAGCCCGUUCCAAAUGCUCCCGUACUAGCUGCCUCUGUUCCAACGACUACUCAGGCUCCGGGCACUCAAAAUUUAUUUUUUAGAGACUCGGACGAAGAUUUCCGAAUCCUUCAGAAUGCCCCCGGAUCUCCAAUUCUUAGAACGGCAACACAAGACGAUUCACUUGAAGUCCGCUCGAAUCUCUCCAAUGAAGAUAUUGAACUGCGAUUGAUUUCUCAAGGAGUUACUGCUUCAAAUAUUAAUUUGUCUGGGCCAUUACCAACCACUCCCGCACCCCGUCGUGUUGUCUUGGUGGACUCGGUCGAAGAUACUCGAAGAAAUCCAGGAGUUCCCAUUUCGAAUGUCCAACUAUCUGGAUCUGCAGAUGUUUUCUUAGUGAAUUCAAACGAAGAUGUUGGGAUUGCGCAGCAAUUUCCUCAACCCAAUGUCCCGUUAUCUGGGCCGUUGCCAGGGAAUUCUACACCACCCCGUUUUAUUUUAGUGGACUCGACCGAAGAUAUCCAGGCUGCACAACAAGUUUCCCUCUCUAACGUUUCUCCAUCUGGAUCUUCACCUGCGAAUACCCCUUCUGUUAUUUUAAUAGAGUCAGCAGAAGAAAACCAGCAAGCACAAAAUGUAAACCCACUUAUACAGUCGGCAAAUGUCGUAUUAAGACAAGAUUCACUAGAAGUUCCAGAUCGAAGUGACGAAGUCCGAAUUCCAACGACGGUAACCAUUUCCCAAGUAUCUACUAAUCUUGCCAAUUGAUUAUGAUUUACACAGUAAUUUGUUUUCACACGUCUUUGUUUACCAAUAAAUUAUUUUUUUUGUCUUA